AUGGGCCAGCAACAGACCAAAGAGGCCGGCGCUUCGGGUUCGUCAGGCCAACCUUCGGGUCAUGCGCGAACUUCCUCGCGUGGCAUGACCCCCUCUGCGUCAGGAGGUCUGGUCGCUUCUCUUUCAUCAGCGAGCAUGCGACCGCCCUCUCCACCCCCGCUGCCAGCUCAUCUCGCAGAUACAGUCAAAGUCGAUGAAGGAGGCCUCCUGCCUCAUGGCGUCUACACGGGACCGCAGGACUACGAUCAACACUUUGUCCGCCAGAACAUUGUUGACCGCCGCCUAGCUCCCUUCUGCAAGGGAAGUGACGACGACGACACCUAUGCCGACAGCAAGUUCAACAGCGAAUGUCCCAUCUGCUUCCUCAGCUAUCCCACGCCCCUCAACUUCUCACGCUGCUGCCACCAACCCAUCUGCACCGAAUGCUUUGUCCAAAUGAAGCGCGCCGAUCCUAACUCACAUAACCCGCCGUCCUCCGAGCCUCGGUCCUGUCCCUUCUGCGUCGAGCCCGAGUUUGGUGUCACCUACACCCCUCCCGAGGCGCUCGAGCUCGGACGACGUUCCAGCGGCAGCGGCAGUGGCAGUGACAGCCCCAACGACGCUACCGACGCCGCCAUCUUUGCUGAGAUGGCGAUCGGCACUGGUGGCGCAGGUGUUGCGGGAGCCGGAAAGAAAAAGGUCCUACCCGCAGAUGACCCCAGCGUCAUCACCGUGGAUCAGGUACGUCCGGACUGGCACUACAAGCUCGCCCAAGCAGAGGCCGCGGUGGCUCGAAGGGCGAACCGACGUGUCAUCAUGCGACAGGUGGGCGACCGUCUCAUUCCCAUUGGCAUCUCUUCGUCGCGCAUGGGCGCGGAUCUGGCUGCCGCAGCGGAGAGCGGAAGGAUCAACCUUAACGGACCCGGUGGCAGCAUCAUUCUCAAUGACGGUCAGAACUGGCCAGGCACCGGCUCUGUGACCACCUCGCGAAGACGCAGCAGUCGACCGAGUCGAGGAGGCAACGAAGGUUUGCCAGAGUUUGCACGACUCAUGCGCAUGGGAGCGGGCGAGGACAUGGAAGAGGCGAUGGUGAUGGAAGCCAUGCGUCUCAGCUUGCUCGAGCACGAGGAACAGCAGCGCAAGCAGGCCGAGGAAGAGAAGAAGAAGAAGGCUGGAUCCGUGGCGACGACAACGUCGGCGGACACAUCAGCACUUUCGGGCUCCAGCGACGCGCCCGCAGCCGCCAGACCCGCAGCGCAGUCUGUGCUGGAAGAGGCAGAAGCGUCAAGCAGCAACGCGAACAGGUCUUCUGUUUCUGCUGCGUUGGCACCGCCCGCUAGCAACGUCGAUCCUGCCUCGCUUGGUCUGUCCCAGACGACCAUGGACGAGCUGCGCGAGCUCAUCGACGAGGGUCCCGCGCCAAGUGGUGCUUCGUCCACCGCUCGCCGUGCAUUCCCUGCCCCUGCACCCGUGCCUGUCCCUCAACCCGUCGUAGGUCUUGGCUCAAACCUUGCCGAACAGCAGGAUACCAGCAUUGGCUCACAGCACGGCUACCCCUCGCCUCCGCCGGAGACGAGUCCCGAAGCUACCAAGCACGCGACAACCUACUCGACCACCACCGCCCACUUUGGCGCUGACUCCAGCGCCCCAGACAGUCCUGGCUCGUCCGGCUUUGCAGCAACGGCCCGAAACCGCAUCCUCAACCCCAACAACCCGUUCCGCCGUAGCGUGGGUGAACAGCCCCACCACUAA